GGAGCCGAGCCGGGCCGGCGGCGGGCGGACAGGGCGGGCGCGUGCGGCGCAGGCCGAGCGCCGACGAGUAGGGGCCGCUGGCAGGCACAUGAGGUGAAGGACCCCAUAACUUGAACCCUGUUCAUGGUCUUUGCAAUUCACUUAUCCUGCCGCUUGGAAGCAGGUGAAUUCCUGGUAACCAGGCUUUGAUGCACCCUCAGGAAGUCUGCGUACUCAAGGAGGCCACCCCCGCCGGCUGCUGCUCACAUGGUUUCUGGGCCCCUGGCACUCCGGUGGUGCCCGUGGGCAGGGCGCAGGGACAUGGGGCCAGACAUGGAGCUGCCCAGCCAUUCAAAACAGCUCCUGCUGCAGCUGAACCAGCAGAGGACCAAGGGCUUCCUGUGUGAUGUCAUCAUUAUGGUGGAGAACUCUAUCUUCCGGGCCCACAAGAAUGUCCUGGCUGCUAGUAGCAUCUACUUCAAGUCCCUGGUCCUGCAUGAUAACCUCAUCAACCUAGAUACAGAUAUGGUUAGUUCCACCGUGUUCCAGCAGAUACUGGACUUCAUCUACACGGGCAAGCUGCUGCCCAGUGACCAGCCAUCUGAGCCCAACUUCAGCACUCUCCUCACUGCCGCCAGCUACCUCCAGCUGCCUGAGUUGGCAGCCCUCUGCCGCCGCAAACUGAAGCGAGCUGGCAAGCCCUUUGGCCCCGGCCGAGUGGGUGCUGCUGGUAUGGGGCGACCAACCCGUAGUCAGCGGCUGUCCACAGCAUCUGUCAUCCAGGCUCGGUAUCCAGGGCUUGUAGAUGGGCGCAAAGGACACCCUGUUCCCCAAGAGGUCCCUCAGGCCAAAGGAUCAGAUGAUGAGCUUUUUCUGGGCAGCUCUACCCAGGAGAGCACACAUGGCCUGGGCCUGGGGGGCUGCCCAACUGGUGGGGAGGUGGGCUUGGGGGGCUGCAGCAACAGCACCAGUGGGAGCAGUGGGGGCUGUGAGCAGGAACUGGGUCUGGACCUGUCCAAGAAGAGCCCUCCCUUACCUCCUACAACCCCUGGCCCCCACCUUACUCCUGAGGACCCUGCCCAGCUGAGUGACAGCCAGCAUGACUCACCUGCACCCACUUCAGCCUCCACCCUGCCUGUUGGCAACAGUGCCUCAUAUGUUGAGCUGGGGCCCCCUCCUGAUGAGCCCAUGGAUCUGGAAGGGGCUGAAGAAAACCACGUGAGUCUGCUGGAAGGGCAGGGCGGGCAACCUCGCAAGAGCCUACGACAUUCAGCCCGCAAAAAAGAUUGGAACAAAAAGGAGUCUGUGUCUGGGUCCCCAUUUGACCGGAGAGAAACGGGGACUAAGGGUCCCAACCCAGGGGAAGAAGGUGAGGGGCUUGGGGACAGGGUUCCCAAUGGCAUUCUGGCCAGCAGUGUUGGUGGAAGUGGCCCCAGUGGGUCGUAUGGGGAGCCACCAUAUCCCUGCAAGGAAGAAGAGGAGAAUGGCAAAGAUGGGAGCGAGGACAGUGGGCAGAGUGGGAGUGAGGGGGGCAGUGGCCACACUGGCGCCCACUAUGUGUACCGGCAGGAAGGCUAUGAGACAGUGUCAUAUGGAGACAAUCUCUAUGUGUGCAUCCCUUGCGCCAAGGGCUUCCCCAGCUCUGAGCAGCUCAAUGCUCACGUGGAGACACACACAGAGGAGGAAUUAUUCAUCAAGGAAGAAGGAGCUUAUGAGACCGGCAGUGGGGGUGCAGAGGAGGAGGCUGAGGACCUGUCAACACCUAGUGCAGCCUAUGCAGCUGAGCCUCGUCCUUUCAAGUGCUCAGUCUGUGAGAAGACCUACAAGGACCCGGCCACACUGCGGCAACACGAGAAGACACACUGGUUGACGCGGCCCUUCCCCUGCAACAUCUGUGGCAAGAUGUUCACACAGCGAGGCACUAUGACACGCCACAUGCGGAGCCACUUGGGCCUGAAGCCCUUUGCCUGCGAUGAGUGUGGCAUGCGCUUUACCCGCCAGUACCGCCUCACAGAGCACAUGCGUGUACACUCAGGUGAGAAACCCUAUGAGUGCCAGCUCUGUGGGGGCAAGUUCACCCAGCAGCGCAACCUCAUCAGCCACCUGCGCAUGCACACCUCCCCUUCCUAGAAGCCAAAGACCCGAGGGAGCCCUCUGCAGACUUGCCACUUGGGAACCCACGGAAGGAGGAGUAAGGAAGCAUGGUGGGAGGGGUUGAGCCCCAAAGUCUGGCACGAGGCUCCUGGCAGCUUCUCUGGCCCAGCCUCCCCACACCCAGAGCUUUAAUCAACAGUGUACCAAGGGAAGCUGAGAGGAGAGAAGCUGCCCCGCCCGGGCCAGCCCUGUGUGUGUAGUGCUGGUGACUAUUCUACCUCCCCGCCCACUUGGCUCUCCAGCUCCCUGAAGGGGCUGCUGAAGAGCUGGUGGGAGUCCAUCAUGUGGUGUCAGUGGGACCUGGUCCCUUACCUGUGGUCUGGGCUGGGGGAGGCACAGGGCUUCCCAUGGUCAAGUGGUGCCUGGAACAGGCCCUCAGCUGGCAGGGACCUCAACUGUGUGUGUGCAUGUGUGCUUGUAUCUUUGCAGUGCAGUGUGACUCUGGUGUCGGGAAGCUGGUGUCGGGUGGCAGUUCCUUUCUCUUUGAACUGGGGUAGCAACUGCUAGCUGGCACUGGACAGUCAGGGUGACCCCACUGCCUACCUCUCUACAACUAAAGAGCCCUUUGGGCCUGUAAUGCUGUUAUUCCUACUGAGCUGUUCCUAUUUCUUUUUUACAGUUUUUAAAAAUUCUUUUUUAAAACCAAAAUGAACAAUAUUUUCCUCCCGCCUCUUUGGGAAUGAGCCUGGCUCUGCAGACUGAAUGUAACUGGGGCAGCUGCCCCCUCCCUGUCAUUUUCCCUUGUCCUGGUACUGUGGACAUGGUUGAAUCUGUCUCUCCAAGGCCCCAGAAGCCAUUCUUGUGCAAAGGCUUCCCCAGUCCUGAGCCCUGCUUGCCUGGGCUUCCUCAGGAGAACAGGCUUUUCCCAUAAUUUCCAAGGAAUAUCACUUGAUAGAGGUACUUAUUUUAUUGAGAACCCCCCCCCCCCCACACACACACACACAAACACACUCUCAUGUGUUUUUGAGGUGUUUGAACUGGAAGAUCUGAAGUUUCAGAGGGUGGAGGGGAGGCCAGACUUGGUGCCUGGGCCAUCGGUACUCUUGUUGGUAUGUGCGUGCGUGUGCAUGGGGGAGUGUAUGUUGCUUAUGCACAGACGUUUGCUUCCUUGCUCACUAAACAAGGUGAAGAGCCUUGUGACCUUUUACUACCUCUUGAAUUCAAUACCACAGUACUGUGGAGGCUGAGCCACUUGGUUUUGUUUUCCUACAGUGGGAGUAAACUGGGCUUGGGUUGGCCUGAGCCCCUUGUGGGCCUCAGUGUUCUCUGAAGGGAUGACUGCUGUUCAGGGGAUGCUGUGUGUGGGGCAGGUGCUGGGCACCUGAAUAACAGAAGCCAUGAGAAGGGGCAGCUCCCUGUGUGGGCCUGAGUGAGGUGGAAGUGAGCCAGCACCAUCCUGUCUCCUCCUGAACUCUGUGUAUCUAAGAACCUACUGCAGAGUCAGAGGUGAGGGUCAGCCUCCACUUAGCAAGUACAGGGUCAUACUAACCCUUACAUGGGUAAGUCAGCCAGCUUCAGGUGCUUGCAUGGGGUCCAGCAAGGGGCAAGGCCAGACCAAGGCUGUCUGUGCUCUGCCACAUAUAAGCCACAGAUCUGGGCUGGUAGGCUCUAUCAUGUUGCUUGAUACAUACAAUGAAAAUGGCUUUUCAUUUUCCUUUCGAUUUUUUUUUUACUUCAGACCAAAAAUUGCAGAGUCAUUUCCUGCUCCCACCCCUCCAGAGAUCCUCCAGCAUGAUUUCAGGGACCCAAUGAGUGGCAGGUGUGAGAGUGAGGGCACCUCUACAUGGUGCCCUUGCACUGACCCCGUUCUUCACCCUUCACACCUGUAAUCUGUUCUCUGCUCUUGCAGAGACAGAGCAGCUGAGUGAAGAACUGAGCCCCAUUCUACCCAGGGAAGAGGCAGGGCAUGUUGGCCUGGCCCCUGCUCUCCACCUACCCCACCCCACCUUACUCUACCCCACCAGCACUUAAGCCACAGACACAAAGUCUGUACAGCAUGGGAACCCGUGUGGCCUCCCAGGCUGUUGGAAGCCUCAUCUGCUGUGCAGAAAUUCAGGGACUGGGAGCAGAGCCCCUCAGCACGUCUGUGCAACAGAGUAUUGUACCAAGCCUUGUCUGUAUGUUAAUAAGAAAGCAAAACACUAGUUUCCUAUUUAAGAUUUUAAGGGUUGUUGGGCUGGGCGGGAUUGACACUUGGUUUGUUUUUCUCUUUCCUUUGUUUCUCUUGGUGCAUGCUUAUGAGUGUGUGUGUGUCUCUGUCUGUCUGUCGUGUGUGUGUGUGUGUGUGUGUGUGUGAAGAUGUUAAGAGCCUCAAGGAAAUCAGGCCAUAGGAGGCCAAGGUGGCUUACAGUUCUCUUUUAGUCAUUUAAUUCCUGAAUGUUUUGGAGAAACAGGAAACAGAAAAUAGCAGAUGUCAUGUAGGAAAAAAAGAUUUAAAAAAAAUCAAAAGAAAAAAAGCUCAUACCCAAAUUCACAAAACCUAUUUUUUAAACCAAAGCACAUUUUGAAUGAGUAUGGAACCUCAGUGGGCUCAGAAAAAAAAAGAUACUAAUAUAUUUAUCUCAUUGUUUACAUAAACUUUUACAGUUUCAGACCUCAACAGCUAUACGGCCAGUCCCAGGGACCUCUUUCCCUCCCUCCUGGGUCCCUCUGCAUUGACCCUUGAGCAGCUCAAGGGCAGAGGCAGCCCUGGGUGCUGGGUAAGGACUAGAAGACCCCCUACCCCCUAGCUUCACCUGAGCCCUAAUCCCCAUUUUGGGGGUCUCUUCAAGCUCAGCUGCCACCAAAGAGCGUGCACCAAGCUGACCAGCCCCCAGGCCGCCUGGCUGCAUCUAAGGGGUGGAUGUCAGCCCUGCCCGUGAGCCUUGUGUUAGUUACUGUGAGAGUCAGUCAAGCCAAAAAGCAGGGAGCUUUAGGAAGCUCAGCGGACUCCAUCAUAUGCAUACCCCACCUUGGGUAGCAGAAGGGUCUGACUUAAGUCUGGUCCCUACUUACAGAUGGUGCGAACACUCUCAACAGUGUUGUUUUUUUUUAUCAAUGUUUGUGCAGUGAUGAAUGUAUUUAUUUCUCAGACUUAGGGCAAGCUGGUGGAAGCAGGCCCGGCUCUGCCAGUGCCCACUCCCACUGGACCGAGCUACUGCAAGGGCUCUUCCAAGAUUGCAAAAAAGGAAAAGAUGAACUUUUAAACAUGUAAGAAUCUCAGACUUGCAGCAUAGCCAUACACCUCAGCCAGUGACUCCUGACCUCACAUGGCUCAGGAAGUGUGUUUCCGUCCAUCAACACUGAGGGAGCCAGGUCCCCACCUGCUGCCCACACUGUCAGUAUUCACUGGACUUCAGGUCCUUGUGCAGGAGUGCGAUCUGCUGAGCUUCAGCAGGCCAACUGCUUGCUGCCUUCCUGAGUAGGGGGAAUCCUGGGCAGCCAGGAGGGCAGGGCUCAGGGAGCAAGUGCUAGGAACGAAGGCAGAAGCCAAGGGACAGGCCUGAAAAGAAUAGACAGGCUCUCAAACCUUGCUGUGCUCCACUAAAAGGACCAAGGUCUUCCUUUCCCCAGUCACUAUGGGGCCAAUGUUACUGAACCUAUGAAUUGGAUGCCAGGAAUGAGGGCUAGCAAGGGACCCAACCUCAGUCUGACAUUCCAACCUGGGAAGGGUGGAAGCUGUGGAGAUGAGCUGCCCAGGACCCCCUUCCUAGGAUGCCUGCAGCUUCAGUCACCUUACUUUAACUUUCUACCAGGGACCCCUCCCCCUACCUCACCUUGCUAUUUAUUGCUGUAAUUUAUUGACCUCAAAAAUGCUGCAUAACAGACCUCACUUGGGUCAGGGAGAGUUCCCAGGGUCCCCCCCUCCAUUUGGUGGGGUCCCAUGGGGCCAGGUGCUUAAAGGAACCUCCCUGUACCUAACCCAUCACUUGUUUCCUCCAGGGGCCCCAGGUUGGGCCCCAUCCAUCCCAUGUGCAAAUACCUCAGGAGGGAUGGGGUAUAUCUUUUUAUUCAUUUAAUUGGAACUGGAAGAGGGAUCACAUCCUCUGUGCCCUUCCCAGAGCAGGGAAGGGAUGCGGGGAUCGCACUCCUGUACUGGUCACCACUGUUGCCACUUAUCACAUUGAGUUUACGUCCCUAAAGAGUCUGGAUGGAUGCAUUCAGGUCAGAGCUGCAGCUGUGCAGCCCUCCAGUGUCAGAGUGAUUUAUCCAUGACUGAUCUCUCCAUUCAAAAGCGUGCAGUCUUAAUGUACAGUGUUGAGAAACUGUUAUUUUAUGAUCUUUUCAUUAAAAGCUUGAUUGAAAA